GUCAAAGUUGAUAUGGGUGAGCCAAUUUUUAAGGCAUUAGAUGUUCCCACAAGAUUAGCUCCAAAUAAGGUUCACUUCGUAGCUAAGGCAAGAUUUGACGUAGAUGGAUCAAUCUGGAACGUGACUUGUAUUAUGUCAGUACAGAAGCCAGCGAGGUAUACCUUUUCUUCACAGUUGUUUCAGCCAAAAUUGGCCCGAAAUUUGAGCAUCACACUGUGUACCCUGCCAGAACAAACACUGAGUUUGUUCAAGUUCUCUCUCCAAGUCACCUUAAAAUGCGCGUUUGGGAGGGUGGGGCAGGCGCAAUCAAAAGAUAUUCACAGUGAAAGAGAUUGCUCCUUUGCUGGAAACGCAUCACAAUUGAGUGUCCUCCUUUUUAUUUUUGCUGAGGGUAUAGCCUCCGUAGUGCUGGAUACUCUAGUUAUGAAUAAAAGACAAGGCAUGUUGAGUGUUGGUGUACAAGAAACAGCUGGUGAUGGGCGACAAUAUUCCAGAGCCAUGCUGUUUUGGCACUUCAAGAGGCCGUUGAGGCUUACCUUGUGGGUUUACGGACAUAUUUUCAAGGCUUUUAAUUUUAACGAGAGUCUAAAAAGUUAG